GUUCAGUUCGAUUCUGUCCAACUCAAUUCAAUUUAUUAUUAUUGUUAUUAUUUUCUUUUUUGGAGAACCUGUAAAGAUAGCAUCUUUCCUUUCCAUCUAGUCUUCAUACCUAUCAAAAAAUAGAAUAAUAGGAGGGGAAAAGCAAAAAAGUGAAUCCAUCCAUCCAUCCAUCCAUCCAUGAACAACGCACAAGCGGUGGACACGGAACCUUAGCAAACGCGACUUCCUUACGCUUUAUUUUCUGACCUCUAGGAUCAAGAGAUACACUUCUCCGUUGCACCAAUAUCCGUCUUUUAGGUCGAAUAUCCAUACAAUUAAGAUGGAUCCCAAUAGCAAUAGUGUCGGUAACAAUAACGCCAAUGGUAAUCCGAUGAACAACCGACUACACUUGAAUUUCGGAAACGACAGAUUCGCCCCAAACGAUCGUGCAUACCCAACAACCCCAUCAACAUUUCCAAAUCCAAUAUUUCCAGGUGGAGGACAAGGACAAGCUCAGCAACCACAACCACAAUCACAACAACAGCAGCAGCAGCAAGCUCAACAAGGCGCGCAGCAAGCCUAUAACCAAGGAUUCGCCCCCGCCGCAGGAUACUUCAUGAAUAACCAAUACCCCCCUUCGUCAGGCUACCCGCAACAACAGGUUCCUGCUGGGUAUCAACAACAGCAGCAACCUUACCAACAAAGAUCCGUCAAUUUACAAAAUGACGCCACGAAUGGUUUGGCUCAUCAGUUCUCCCACCAAAACCUAGGUGGUGGCAGGGGCUCACCAUAUGGUAAUCGUCAAGCAUCCACGGGUCAAAGACCAAGAACUGCUGGAGCACCAACCCAACAGCAAGGUUACUCAAGCUACUUAAAUCCUAUGCCGACUCAGGCUUCGCAGCAAAUUCGUCCAGAAUUUCAGCCAGCUCCAGAGAGGAACCCGGAUCGAUAUGGCAAUUUGACACAAAACAACCAAAAGAAGUGCUCGCAAUUGGCUGCAGACUUCUUCAAAGACAGUGUCAAGAGGGCCAGAGAUCGAAAUGUUAGGUGAGAAAUUUUGAAAGGAUUGAAUGUUAAUACUUGUACUGAAUAAUUAUUUCUGCAACAGACAAAGCGAGAUGGAACAACGACUGGCCGACCCCAAUCAAUCCCAAUCACGACGAGAACAAACUUGGUCAAAUACAGGCAAGCAAGAGGGCAAAUAUUUACGAUUUUUACGCACCAGGGAUCGACCAGACAAUUACAACACGUUGAAGAUCAUUGGAAAAGGAGCCUUUGGAGAAGUUAAAUUGGUGCAAAAGAAGCAAGAUGGCAAAGUUUAUGCUAUGAAAUCUUUAAUUAAGACUGAGAUGUUCAAGAAGGAUCAGCUAGCACAUGUUCGUGCUGAAAGAGAUAUCUUGGCCGAGUCCGACAGUCCUUGGGUUGUUAAGCUCUUUACGACCUUUCAAGAUCAGGAUUUCCUUUACAUGUUGAUGGAAUUCUUGCCAGGAGGAGAUUUGAUGACUAUGCUUAUCAAAUAUGAGAUCUUUUCGGAAGAUAUCACAAGAUUUUACAUCGCGGAAAUUGUACUCGCCAUUGAAGCUGUACAUAAGCUUGGCUUUAUUCAUCGGUAAGUUGAUUGAAAUAGGGGAAGGUCGCUUCGGAGCUCCCCUUUUAUUUCUUUCAUUUCGGGUACUAAUUUGUAUAGUGAUAUCAAACCCGACAACAUCUUGCUUGACCGAGGUGGACAUGUUAAAUUAACUGAUUUUGGUUUAUCCACUGGUUUCCAUAAACUCCACGAUAAUUCAUACUACCAGCAAUUGUUGCAAGGAAAGUCGAGUAAGCCAAGAAACAAUAGACAAUCAGUCAAUCUUGACGAGAUCAAUCUCACAGUCAGUAACCGAAGCGUCAUCAAUGACUGGAGGAAAUCCCGAAGAGUUAUGGCUUACUCAACUGUUGGUACGCCUGAUUAUAUCGCUCCAGAAAUUUUCAGUGGACAUGGUUAUUCUUAUGAUUGCGAUUGGUGGAGUCUUGGUACGAUCAUGUUCGAAUGUCAAGUCGGAUGGCCUCCUUUCUGUGCCGAAGAUGCGCAUGAUACCUAUCGAAAGAUUGUCGCCUGGCGUACAAAUCUAUACUUCCCCGAGGAUGUUCAGCUUGGACCGGAAGCCGAGAACCUCAUCCGAAGGUAUGAUCCUACAAACUAUUUUCUUUUCGAGUCAAUCAUCUAACUUUCUGUGCCCUAGUCUUGUUUGUAACUCAGAAAACCGACUUGGCCGAGUAUCCGCGGAUGAAAUCAAGAACCACAAAUUUUUCCGUGGUGUCGAAUUUGAUACUUUACGCCGCAUCCGUGCUCCAUUCGAGCCCAAGUUGACUUCCAAUGUUGAUACCACUUACUUCCCGACUGAUGAAAUCGACCAAACUGACAAUGCAACCCAUCUCAAACAAGCUCAAGCCGCGGCUGCCAACAGUGGUGCCCCUCGAGAGGAAGUACCAGAAAUGAGUUUGCCAUUCAUUGGUUAUACAUUCAAGAGAUUCGAGUCCAACUACAGAUGAUUGCUAUAACUGCUCGGUUAUUUGGUAUAACCAGCCAGUUAUGAAGCUUUAUAGCUACCACAUGGGCCGAUUUAUGGAUAUUUGAUAGUCUGAGCAAGUUCACCUGGAGUGGAGUAUUUCUAUUGCCUAUUUGUUAUUACAUGGCCUAUUAAAGGUCAAUCUAGCCGGAUACCACUGAUUACAUGUUCUGAAGAUUAACAUUAGACGUCUUACGUCUUACAUCUAGCGGUGCUUUUUUUUCUGAUUUCAUUCCGACUGGAUGUAUACAUGAGCGAAUCAGCCUAGUUCUAGACUUCUGGCAUAGGGGUUGGUUUUAAGGAUGGGAAGAACUUUUUAAAUGUGAUCAUGGUGGGGAACAUUAGGUAGAAUGAUGUCCCUGGGUAUACCUUGGGAAACAUGUUUACAUUCAAUCAAAAAUUGAAAUGAUAUCAAC